AUGGGUCGCCCGAACUCGGCGGAGGAAUAUGGUCGUGAUGCCCCUCCAGACAGCCCAAUUACCCUUGAUGAGAAGGAAGAUCCUAAGAGAUGGCCGAAAAGCAGAAAAUGGCUCUAUACGGUGAUUGUGGCGCUGAUGGCUGGAGUAAUUGCCUUUUGUUCGAGUAUCUAUACAGCAGGAACCAACCUUAUUACUGUCACCUAUGGAUGUUCGCAGACAGUGGCUACUCUAGGAGUGACCACCUUUCUACUAGGGUUUGCAUCGGGGCCUCUCAUCUUUGCUCCCCUGUCGGAAUUAUACGGUCGCAACCCCAUAUUCCGGCUGACGCUGGGAUUGUUUGUCCUCUUCCAAAUUGGUUGCGCAUUAGCCCCAAACAUAGCCGCGCUGAUAAUCUUUCGAUUCUUAGCCGGCUUUUUCGGUUCUCCGACGGUCACAAACUCGGGCGCGUCUAUCACAGACCUCUGGCCGCAAAGCGAACGAUCAGUACCUUUAGCUCUGUUCUCCGCCGGUAGCUUCCUUGGGCCUGUUUUUGCCCCGGUAGCUGGCGGGUUCGUCUCGGAAUACCUUUCCUGGAGAUGGAACAUCUGGUUGGUGCUUAUUCUAAGCGGAGUUGUCUACGCCACAUGCGUGCUCUUCCUUCCAGAGACGUACGCAGCCAAGCUUUUGCGGGAUAAGGCCCGGCGCCUGGGAGUCGUCCAGUCCGGGCCCUCCCUCCAAGAGCAGCUCGGGACCUGCCUUAUCCGUCCCUGGCUGAUGCUUUUCGCGGAGCCGAUCUUAUUCCUCCUCUCUCUCUACAUGGCCUUCAUUUACGGCAUUCUCUACCUCGACUUCACGGCGUAUCCGAUUGUAUAUAAACAGUCCCGCGGCUGGUCUCCUGGUAUUGCAGGCCUAUCCUUUCUCGGAAUGGGUACCGGCAUGGCCAUUGCCACGAUUGCCUCUCCCUAUGUAAACACGAUUCACGGAAAAUACGUAUCCAAACUUGGUCCUGUCCCAGAAGCCAGACUACCCCACCUUGUGAUCUUGUCUUGGCUGAUCCCUGUCAGCCUGUUCUGGUUCGGCUGGACCGCCCUGCCUCCGGCGCAUUGGAUUGUAGCAAUCAUUUCGGGGGUUCCGUUUGGGUUCAGCCUGAUAUUACUUUUCCUUAGCAUCACAUCUUACCUCACGGACUGCUAUGGUCCGUAUGGCGCGAGUGCGCUUGCGGCAAAUGCAGUCUUCCGCUCAGUCUUUGGAGCGGUAUUUCCUCUCUUUGGAACGUAUCUGUACGACGGACUUGGCGUGCCGUGGGGAUCGAGCCUGCUAGGUUUCUUUGCACUAGCAUUUGCUCCCCUCCCGUGGGUGUUUUAUCAUUUUGGGCCCCGGAUUCGAAUGAAGAGCAAGUAUCAUAGAAUGAUGAUUGGUGAUGGGGCAUAG